AUGGCAUUACAUACACACGGUUCAUCAAACCCAACAGGUGUUAACGGUGCUCAGUGGUACUGGUCUUACGAGUACUCUGAUUACUUGAAUGAAGAAGGAGAAUCCCUGGAAUUCGAUAGUUACAUGGUACCUGAAUCUGAUUUAGAAUUAGGUCAAUUAAGACUACUUGAUGUUGACGCACCAGUUGUAGUACCUGUUGAUACUCAUAUCAGAUUUAUUGUUACAGCUAAUGACGUUAUCCAUGACUUUGCUGUUCCAUCUCUAGGAUUAAAAAUCGAUGCAACACCCGGUUAA